UUAUCAGGCCGCUUACCAAAAGACAUUUGCUCGCAUAACAACCUUCAAAGACUCAAACUACUUAGCCUGUGGGCGAACAAAUUGGAGGGAGAUAUACCAUUGAGUUUGGGUCAAUGUACACAACUUGAGAGUAUUGACUUGGCAAUGAACAACUUUGGUGGAAAUGUCCCUCGAGAAAUUGGGAACAUCACACAGCUUAAGGAAUUAUACCUUCACCAGAACAAUUUGAAAGGUGAUAUUCCGAAAGAGAUUGGUUAUCUUAAUUAUUUAGAGGUAUUGAGCAUGAGCGACAACAAUCUCAAUGGACGAUUACCAAGACAACUUUGGAAUGUCACGACUCUUCGUGAAUUAAACAUUGCCAACAUCUCUUUAAGUGGUGGUAUUCCGAAAGAGAUUGAUAAUCUUAAUAAUCUAGAGAUAUUAGACAUGAGAGGAAACAAUCUUAGUGGACCAUUUCCAAGACAAAUCUUGAACAUCACAAGUCUCCGUGAACUAUACCUUGGUGGCGCCUCUUUAAAUGGUAUGUCUGCACUACUCUUUAAGCCAAAACUUUAG